AUGGAUGCUGAGACCCUGCAGCAGCCCCUGGGCCUGCAGAGCUGGAAGCCUGACAACAGCAUCCAUGGAGGAUAUGAAACCACCACAGAAAAAGGGCAGGAGCUAAAGAUAAAAAGGGGAUGUGUCCCAGAUCCUUUCACAAUAACCCUUGCAGAAAACUUCUGCUUCUCCUCGCGGGCAUUUCCGAGCAAGACGCUGGUGUGUCCUGCUCCAUCUCCCCACCCGAGCAACAAGGAGCCCAAGAUGUGGACCAUGUGGGCCAUGCUGAUCUGCCUGGCUGGAGGGCAGCUUGCCAGUGCCACGCUCUGCAGGACCUACGGCACCGUCCCAGGCAUUCCAGGAUUGCCAGGACAGCCUGGAAGCGAUGGCAGGGAUGGGGAGAAUGGCCCAAAGGGUGAGCAAGGACCUCCUGGCCAGGGUGGAGCAGAGAGAGGGGAAAAGGGAGACCGGGGACCACCGGGGCAUCCUGGGAAGUUCGGUCCCAUGGGCCCCCCAGGUCAAACUGGCUUACCAGGUAGCAGGGGAGCGCCUGGCCCCAUGGGGGAGCCUGGUGACUACAAGGUCACCUUCAAGUCUGCGUUCUCCGCUGCCAGGAGCAUCAGCUCCUACCCCCGCCGGGAGCAGCCCGUCCGCUUCGACCGCAUCAUCACCAACGAGAACGGGCACUACGAGAACCGCUACGGCCGCUUCACCUGCAGUGUGCCCGGCAUCUACUACUUCACCUACCAUGUCACCUCCCGGGGCAACCUGUGCCUCAACAUCAAAAAGGGCCGGGGUGGCAGCAGGGGUGACAAGGUGGUGACCUUCUGUGACUUCGUGCACAGCAGUUUCCAGGUGACCACGGGUGGUGUGGUCCUCAAGAUGGCCAUGAACGAGUCUGUCUGGCUGGAGCCAACAGAGAAGAACUCCCUGGUGGGGCUGGAAGGGUCCGACAGCAUCUUCUCUGGCUUCCUCAUCUUCCCGGAGGCUUAGCCCACUGAGCUGUGUCUGCAGCCCACCUCUGCAGACCCUGCAGAGCUGAGGACUCCCCUGGAAACUCUUUGCUUCCAAACUGGUGCUCGAAGCACAUUGCUGCCAUUCUUGCACAAUAAAUGACAGCUCUUCGCA